UUACGUUACUGAAAAUCUUUACAGACACUACACCUGAAGAAUAAAUAGUUAAAAAAUGAAGCUGAAGCAAUUAGAAGGUUUACUUGGCAAUCUUCAACAAUUUGAUAAUCCGAAGCUUGAGCUGGAACAGUAUCCAACUGGACCUCACAUUGCUUCUCGUAUGCUAUUCACGGCUGAGAAUUCAUUCGGGGAUGUGAGCGGUAAAGUAGUGGCUGAUUUUGGAUGUGGAUGUGGCACAUUAGGUCUAGCUGCCACUCUCUUGGAUGCAGAACAUGUCAUAGGUGUAGAUAUUGAUGAAGAGUCCCUUGAAAUUGCGUCGAUUAAUGCGGAGGAUUUGGAGGUUGAAUUGGGUUUAAUUCAAUCUGAAAUCAAGAACUUAAAUUGGCGAGGUCAAAUCGUUGAUACCGUUGUGAUGAACCCUCCUUUUGGAACACGAAACAAAGGAGCUGACAUGGAGUUUUUGUCUGUUGCAUUAAAGGUUGCGUCUCAAGCUGUUUAUUCAUUGCACAAGACAACGACAAGAGAACAUAUUAAAAGAGCAGCAUUGAGAGAUUUCAAUGCUAGCAGUGCCGAGGUCUUGUGUGAGCUUCGGUAUGAUCUGCCAAAACUAUACAAAUUUCACAAGAAAAAAGAUGUUGACAUAGCUGUGGAUUUAUGGCGGUUUGUUCCUAAAGCAAAACAUGAAUCUUCUUCAUAACGUCCCAUUGACGUCCUGCACAAAACUUGCAUCAACCACUUAAAGCGCAUCUGAAAAUCAUCAUAGUUCUUGACUUGGAAUUGUUAAUUACAGUACUUUAUAUCACAUUUUUAAUGUUUGAUCUUAGUGUAUAUUAGUACUGAAAUAGAUGUUUUUGUCAUGAUGAUGUAGUUUAUGCUAAUGAGUUUUACAAAGAGGAGCUUGAAUUGUUGUGCUUCAUCUUACUCAUAAGCAACACUAUACCAUUCCAUGUGUUUGGUACUUCAUAUUAGACUUCCGCUCUAUUUAUAGUUUGAGCCAGAUUUCCAACAA